AUGGAUUUAGCAAAUGAUGAAGUAAUAAGAGGAAAUGCCGUAGCUUUUGAAAAACUCCAGCCAUGUGAUAAAUUGGAGCAGAAAUCCUUGGUUGUGGCUGAAGAAGACAAAUCCAUGAAGACACAAAUAGAUUCCUAUUCCAAUGGAAGUUUCAAUGCAUCCAUCCGUUAUGAUACCCAAGAGGAUUCUGAAAUGAAUGUCAAACGAAAGACGCAAGACUGCUUUGAAAUCUUGGAGACAAAAAUAUUCCGAAUAAUGGAGGCUCUGAAGAAAUUUUCAGAGCUGGAAAAAUCUGAAUAUUUCAUAAAAAUCUCUCUUCAGAUCAGGAAUCAGUUUGAUAGCAAGAAAGCUCUAAUAGCCCAGUGGCUUCCUCACAUUUCUCCCCAGGAAGCCAAUAACAUCAAAAGGCUUCAAACAGAAGAUGAGUGUAUAAGUAACAGCCUCUACAGCUUGUUGAACACAGUUCAGUACUUGUUUAGCAGCUUGUGCAAAAAAAGAAAGGAAUACUACACAAACGUCAGCGAGUACACAAGGGAGCUGCUUGAUGAGCGAAAAAAACAACAUGCACAGAGAAUGCAAAUUGAGGAACUCAGAAAGGCUCACUUGAAACAGCAGGGAGCUGGAUCACAGCAGCCUGGUCUCUCUGAACUGAUGCACAGCUUGGAUGGUCUCAUGGAGCAAAUGUCUAAAGAAGUUUCUGAAAUGGAAGAAGGACUCGGUAGCACAGAGGUUACGUUACAAGAGUUGGAACAUAAGAACAUUGAGGUGGAGCAGUAUUUGGAACGGUGCUAUGUUGAUUUGCAAGGCUUUAAGGCAACAAUAAAGCAAAAUAUUGAAAAGUUUCAAUCCAUUUAUCAAUUUCUAUGGCCCAAAGUUCAGCCCUAUUUUCAAGCUAGAUCUGCGCUGGAAGCCAUAAAUGCCAACUACUGCAGAGAGAUUGAUGCUACUCUGAAAGCAUGUAGAGAAGAAACAAAGGAACUGAUUCUACAGUUAGAUAUGUUAGAAAAAGAUCAAAAAUCCUGUGAUGUUGCUAAUAUGUCACGAGAAGAAGAAAACCAUAAGCUAAGAUAUAAACUGGAAGUAACUGAACAAGAUACAAAGGUGUGUUUUUGUUAAACUCCUGUUUGACACCUCAGCCUGAUGUCUCUUCAUUUGU